AUGACUGAUCAACUAAGUAUGAUCAAGUACGCUGUGAACGUCAUCGAAUUCGGAUAUACACCUGCCAUGUUCCGACCAGUCAGCGCCUCGGAAAUACCAUUCGAGGCGAUGAAGAUCGCGCUCUACUACCGUUUGGACGCUACAUUCAAUGUUCGACAAGAUCCCUGCAGCCUGGAAAGAAUCGGACGGGACACAUCGCUCGGUCAGAUGAGUGGCUUGCUGGCCCUUACCGUCGAUCCAUCCUUCUUCAGCCCCUGCUGA